AUGGAGGGUACCCCUCCUCCAGCAAAAAGCUUUCGUAAAAAGCGUCAGGUUCAAAAGUAUAUAACAAAAGCUGAUAUUAGGAAGGGAGAAAGGAAAGCUUUCAAUGUUGCUGAUCUCGAGACUAUCAUGUAUGACUUUAAUAAAGAUGGGGUUUUAGUUCAUGUACCAUAUGCUGCGGGUUUCUUAGUAAUUGAGCCUGAUGCUGAUGUGGGUUCUAUUCCUAUUCAUAAAUUUGAGUCUUAUUAUAGUGAGGAUUUCUAUCACGAUACAUUUUGUGAAAGAAGUGACAACAUGAUGAUAAGAUUCAUCGACCGUAUAUCUAAGGUAGCUUUCAAAAGAAAAAUCAAAACGAUCUAUUUUCAUAACAUGUCCAAAUUUGACGGGGUUAUAAUAAUUAAGUAUUAUCUCCGUUUCUUUGUGAAUGAGUAUAAGAUCAAAGCUCUGAUGAGAAACAACUGUCUCUACCAGUUAUCUAUAUUCUGUAAAAAUCACAAGAGUCUUACCUAUAAAUAUAUGGACUCAUUAAAAGUUCUCCCUGGUAAACUUGUUGAUCUGGGUAAGGCUAUAUGUCCUGAGUUAGGUUCUAAAGGUUCUGUAGAUCAUGAGAGUGUGAAAGAGGAAAAUCUGAAAUAUCGUAAAGCUGAGUUGCUAGCUUAUAUGAACCAGGACAUACGUCUAUUGGGUGGUAUCAUGUGUAAGUCUCAAGCUAACUACUGGCGUCAGUAUAAUAUUGAUAUAACGGAAGUUUUGACGAUCUCAUCUCUUGCUCUUCUAAUCUUUCGUAUGAAAUACUACAACAUGGAAGUGUUUCCUAUCUAUAUCCCUAAUCGUAACGAGGAUGAUUUCAUUCGUCGUGGGUACUAUGGCGGACAUUCUGAUGUCUACAUUCCACGUGGUCAGGAUCUCAAGUAUUAUGAUGUGAACUCUUUGUAUCCUUUUGUAAUGAUGUCAUAUCCUAUGCCUGGAGGAGAGCCUGUUUGGUAUAGUGAUUUUGAAGGUCAAGACUUAAAUGACUUGUUUGGUUUUAUUGAAGCUUAUGUUGAAUGUCCGUCUACUAUUGAUAGACCUUUCUUACCUUAUAAAGAGAAUAACGUCUUACGUUUUCCAACUGGUAAAUGGGUGGGUAUAUAUUUUAGCGAAGAGUUAAAGUUAGCCAAAUCUGUGGGUUACAGUAUUAUACCUUUAAGAGGUUAUCUCUAUGAUAAGAAUGAGAAGAUGGAGUCUCCUUUCAAGGAGUUUGUGAAAUCCCUAUUCGAGAGAAGAAGAGAAGCUAAGAAAAGGGGUGAUGAAGCAAUGUCUUUUGUAUAUAAAACUUUAAUGAAUUCACUCUACGGGAGAUUUGGGAUCUCUCCUAAGAGUCUUGUUACUGAAAUUAUCGAUAAAGAUAGAUAUGAUACUUUAGUCAAUCAAAUAGAUAUAGAAUAUGCAGAUAAUCUGCACAAUGAGUAUUAUCUUGUCAGAUAUUAUGUCAAUACCGAAUCUACUGACGAGACACAAUGGAACCCACCCAGAAACUCCGCUGUUCAAUUAUCUGCAGCAAUUACAGCUUAUGCUAGAAUCUAUAUGUACUAUUGA